AUUAGAUUUUGCUUAACUUUUAAAACGUAUUACAUAAACACAUUAGAUUGUGCUUGACUUUUUGAAAUUAUUACGCUAUUGGAGACCAGUUUCCCCUAAUGCGUUGGCGUGAGCUUUCUACGCAUGCGCCAGUCUGCGGAGUGUCAUGGCGCCAUUUUCAAUGUAGAUUCAUAGAAGAGGAAGCCCGAAGGAGUCAAAUUAAGAUGCGGACGCUGAAGCAGGGAAGUCUGUGGGAACAGAUCAUGUUUCUAUUUACUUCCGUCACAGUAAUCUCCUCUGACGUCACACCCUCAUCUAUCUCAGCGACCCUCCUCCUUCCCUUCCUUCUCAGUGCUCUGGAGAGACAAUGUACACAGUCAACUUGUUGCCACCAGCAGAUCAUAUCAGCUCAGCGUGGGACCGCCGCGUAAGUCUAUGGCGGAUCACAGGGCGUCAAUAAGCAGUGGAUGGUGAGACGCAGGUCAUGAGCCACUGACGGUCCGCCCUUUUGUCGGGUCAGGAUGAAGUCAUGUUGGGGAGUGAGGGGCAGAAGGUGGCGAGGCAUAGCUGCACUGUUCAGUGCGGCUGUGGGACUGGGGAUGCUACAACUCACCACGGCCCAGGCGGUCGGUUCUCCGGCUGAAUGCUCAGCAAAUAAUAUCUUACAAAACGCAGUCCAGCAUAACUACUCUGACGUGGUUGAGUUGGCUCCGAGUGGUGCCAACUUCAUGGCUGGUGUGGUCCAUUCAUUCCUCGCUUGUGUCCAGCCCAGUCCCUUUCCUGAAGAUCUGAUCCUGACCGCAAUUAAAAAUGGGAGCAAAGUGCUGUCAAAUCAGGAGUUCAUCCAACAAGUGUUGAAAUAUGAGGCGGGCUUCCUGGUGUGCGCAGCUAUCGGCAUAGUCUACAUCAUUCUAAUGCCUAUAAUAUUCAUAUUUUUGGUGUGCUGCAAUUGUGGCAACAAUAUGCACCCAAAGGACACUCAUGACUUCCACCGUCGCAGAACAAUCUACUCCUGCAGCAUCCUCGUCACCACAAUCUUUUUAUUUGCUGGGAACGUCUGCAUGUUCAACAGCAACCAGAUGCUUAAAUCCAGUGUGUACCAGAGCCAGGCAAAGCUUGAGAAAACCAUAGAAAACGUCAACAACUUCACCAGUGCAAUACCUAAGGAUGCCCAGUACAUUUUCGAGGAAGGCAACAGGAUUAUAGAAAACUUUGAAAACCAAAUAAAUGAUUUUGGAAACAAGCUUGGUCAGCAGAUCUGGGAUCGCGUAAAAAAAAACGAACUGGAAGAUGUAAUGAAGUCAGUCAGCGUUCUGGAUGAAGAGAUGAAGAAUAUGCAAAAUCAGCUGGAAAGCCUGAACAAGCUGCAAAGCAGCAUGGAGAAGCUCGAGGAAGACAUGAAAGAAGCCGCACAAAGUAUCCAAACCACACUUUCAGACCCUGUGUGUCAAAACUGCAAUGAGCUGGAAAAGAAAGUGAAUGUCAUCAACACCAACAUCCCUGUUCUACCUUCCACUGAAGAUUUCCAGUCUUCAUUGGGUCAAGAUAUGGACUUGAACUCAAAAAUUGAUGAGAUGGAGAGCACAAUCCAGAACGAAAUCAGCACCGGUAGUGCAGACAAGCUAACGGCCCUCAAGCAGCCAGUGAGUCAGGUCAAAAACAAGGUGUCCGAGUUAAAAAAACAGAUUAUUCCCAAGCUAGAGCAGUUGACUCAAGCUCUUCCUUUGGAUAAACUGCAGACAACUAUCAGCUGGUUCAUGGGGCAGCUUGAGAAAGCAGAGGAUAUCAGAUGGGGGGUGUCUCUAGUCCUGUGCUUACUGGUGUUCCUGCUGAUCUUGUCUAACAUCCUGGCUCUCGUCCUGGGCCCUCUUGGUUUGAAACAGAAGGUGGAUCCAUUGGAGCGUUCUUGCAUGGCUGACAGUGCCGGAAAAAUCCUUAUUAUAAGCGCCAAUAUCAACUUCAUCUUUUCCUGGCUGCUCAUGGUGGUGACGCUGCUGCUCUGCCUAAUUGGAGGCAAUGUUUACACUCUGGUGUGUCGGCCUUGGAGCAAUGGGGAGCUCUGGAAGUUUAUUCAAACUCCAGGUUUAAUUCCAGGCUUGAAUUCGAGUAACGUCAUGGGACGCAACAUCACUCUCGAGGGUAUUUACAGAGACUGCGGGGAAAACAAGCCCGCGUGGCAAACGUUCCACUUAGACAAGGACUACAACAUUACAGAGAUGCUCGACAUAGAUGCGUAUAUAAAGAAAAUCGAGGGGAAAUUUGAGAACAUACCGGCUCCAACAAUUCCAAAUUUUGAUGUAGUUACAGUUUUACUCCCUCAGUUCUCUACAAUACCAGAUAUGGACCUUGAAAGCACCAUGCAGCAGAUGAGCGACGCCAUGGGCACCUUGAGCAACCAACUGGCAAGCAUUGCUAAUUUAAUUGAUGGACUGGCUCCUUAUCAAGGCCCAGAAAUAAAAAGCCAGCUCCAGAACCACGCCAAAGUGUUGAGGGGGAUUCAGAGCAGAAUUGAGAAAAACAUCAUCCCACAAAUAAACAAAGGGAAGUCUACUGCGAAGGCCCUAAAAUUCAGUGUAAAGAAAGUCAAGGAUGAAGCAAAUGUUUUGGAUAAUGAACUGCAAACUGCCCCAACUGCUCUCACUACAAAAAUGGUGGCUGUCAUUAAGGAAGAGAGUAUAAAGUUUUUGAACUGCCAGCUGAGUCCCUUCACAGAAUUUGUAAAAAAGGCCAAAACAUUGUUGACCGAGGAGUUGGGCCGCUGUGGGCCCAUUGCUGGGUUUGUGGACUCCACGGAGAGCAUCCUGUGUGCGGACAUCACAGAGUCUCUGAAUGCCUUCUGGUUCAGUCUGGGAUGGUGUGUAGCCUUCUCUAUCCUCUGCGUCUUUUUGGCCAGGAAACUAUCAACGUACUAUAAGAGAAGCAACUAUUCUACUGAUGACAUGAAUAUGUACGGGAGCAAAAGUACGGCCCCAGCCCAGUCAGGUUGGCCAGAAACAGGACCCCCAGAACCGGGCCCACAGAUUCGCCCGGCAGGCCAGCGGCAGGCCGUAGACAGACAGACCCUGCAGAGGACGAGGCUUGGGACAAGCCGGCGACAGUCAGCCCCGAAGCUAGCAAAAAGACGCCCCGCCCUGCCCCGAGGGGCCCAGAUAUUCCCUGCAGCCGUACGGGAAGACCGCCCCGCCCCGCCCCAUAAGCCCAACAAAGUCACUACCCCAAGAGCUAGCCGCCAUGUGACACAGCAAAUUACCACACAACGCACCGAGGUGCCACGAUAGACGCAGGGAGGAGACCCAGCAGGCCCCAACCAAGAUGGGCAUCCAGAAGGGGCGCGGACGGCGGGAUCCAGGGUCCCCAGACACGCAGCCCAGCUGCAGUAGCCCGAGACGGCAACCCCCGUGAGGCAGCAGGCCCCUAGAGCGCCCCGGAAAAAUAAAUAAAUAAAAUAUAUACUGUAUAUAUAUG